AUGAAUUCGUUGCACGAUGAUGCGAAGAAUUCCACGAUAAAGACCGGGAUUGUCCUGCCGGAACAUUACGUGAAAGAAAUCAGACCACCGUCGAAGCAAGGUAUGCCAGUGUUGGUGGACUUCAACAUCUUCGUCGCGGACAUCAAUUCGAUAAACGUCGAGGACAUGGACUUCCGUGUGGACAUGUUCGUCCGCGAGAGUUGGAUAGAGUCUCGAUUAGACAUGCCAGACGAUAUUUUCGAGGAGGGUGACGACUAUGUGACCCUACCUCCCGAUUUCUUCGACAGUCUCUGGCAGCCGGAUCUUUACUUUUUGAACGCCAAAGUCUCCGAGAUUGCGGCGUUGAACCAUAAAUUCUCCUCGGUGACCCUCUACAGAAACAAAACGGUCAAGUAUUCGGCGCGAAUGCACGCGAUCAUCGCCUGCCAAAUGGAAUUUCAGCUCUACCCGAUGGACAUUCAGAUAUGCCCGAUCUACAUAGAAAGUUUUUCCUAUCACGAGCAGAAGCUACGCUUGAGAUGGGGACCAGGAAGUGUCACGGUGAACCCGGAGCUGAAGCUGUUGCAAUACGACAUUGGGAAACCGAUUGUGUCCGAGGAAACCGUCGACUACAUGCUCGAGAAAAGCGGGAAUUACUCGCGAUUGGUGGUCUACUUCCGGUUCGAAAGGCAAAUCGGACACCAUCUGAUACAGACGUUCGCGCCGUCGAUGUUGGUGGUGAUGCUCUCGUGGUUCAGCUUCUGGUUGGGCCUGGACGCUAUCCCUGGAAGGGUCGCUCUGUUGGUCACCAGCAUGCUCACCCUGGUCACGAUGUUCACCGGUUUGAAAAGCGACAUUCCUCCAGUCGCUUACGUGAAAGCUCUGGACGUUUGGAUGGCAGGCUGUAUGAUGUUCGUGUUCGCCGCCCUCGGUGAAUUCGUGGUGGUCAAAGUGCUCGACUUACAGUACCAGCUGGAGUACGAUCUACAGACAUCAGUAAUGUCCCGGCAUUACCCAAUACGAAUGAUUGCCAUGGGUAAAUGCCAAAGGAUUUGGGACUAUGACACACCUUACGUGUCGAAAACGAGAAACAAAAGAGCCGGUAGUAAACAUCUUCUGCAGACCUCGUGGCUUGAUCCCGAGUAUCAAAUGAUACGAGUAUGCAAAUCGAGGUCCCAACAAAUUGAUACUUACAGUAGAAUAGGUUUUCCCACACUGUUUAUGUUAUUUAUGAUUUUGUACUGGCCGAUAUUGUUGCUUAAGAAAGCCACGUAA